AUGGAGCAAAAUGAAGUGCCGUGUCACACUAAGGCAGAGCACGAUGUGCUGAGUGAAGCUGAGCUAGAGACGAUUGGCCAGAGAAACCAGGCUCCAUCAACCUCUCUUUCUGCCAAGAUCCCGAAGAUAAGAUGCUCAAAUUCAACUGCAAAGUCCUUGCUGUUCCGGUUCCUCCCCAUCCUGAGGUGGCUACCACGGUACCCAGUCAAGGAAUGGCUAUUUGGAGACAUCAUCGCAGGAUUCAGUGUAGGAAUCAUGCAUCUCCCACAGGGUUUAGCCUAUGCGCUUCUGGCAGGGCUGCCUCCUGUCACUGGCUUGUAUUCAGCUUUCUACCCUGUCCUGCUGUAUUUCUUCUUUGGAACGUCCAGACACAUCUCUGUAGGCCCAUUUGCUGUAAUCUCUGUGAUGAUUGGGAGUAUGACAGAUUCACUGGAGCCAAGUGGAAAGUAUUUGGAAGUGAUCAAUGGUACAAAUGACACAUUUGUCAAUGAGGUUCGGAGGGAUGCUGCCAGAGUGGAGCUGGUGGCCGCACUCACCUUCUUGGUUGGCAUAUUUCAGGUUGCCCUUGGCCUGCUGCAGUUUGGGUUUGUGGUCACCUACCUUUCCGAGCCCUUGGUACGGGGCUAUACCACAGCAGCAUCUAUCCAGGUGCUGAUCUCUCAGCUGAAGUACGUCUUUGGAGUAAACUUGGAAGAGCAUUCAGGGCCAUUGUCAGCUAUCUACACCUUUCUGGAAAUUUGCUCAAAAUUGCCACAGACCAACGUAGGCACUUUGAUCACUUCUUUGAUUGCCAUGGCUUCGAUCCUACUUGUAAAGAUGCUCAGUGACAAAUUUGGCAAGAGGCUUCUGAUACCCAUCCCCAUUGAGCUUCUCACGAUUAUUAUUUCCACAGUGAUCUCCUACUUUGCUGGCCUGAACAACCACUUUGGGAUUAGCAUUGUGGGUGACAUCCCCAGUGGGAUGGUACCCCCUGAGGUCCCCAACGUAGACUAUUUUGGGAAGGUGGUAGGAAAUGCUUUUGCCAUUGCUAUGGUCAGCUAUGUCAUUUGUAUCUCACUCGGCAAGAUCUUUGCUCUCAAGCAUGGGUACAAAGUGGACAGCAACCAGGAGCUGAUCGCCUUGGGAUUCGGUAACUUUGUGGGUAGUUUCUUCCAGUGUUACAGCAUUAGCUGCUCCAUGUCCCGCUCCCUCGUGCUGGAGAGCACAGGAGGGCAGAGUCAGAUGGCAGCGCUGGUCUCCUGUCUUAUCAUCCUAGUGACCAUCUUGAAGAUCGGAGCACUUUUUGAGAAACUACCCAAAGCUAUCUUGGCUGCCAUCAUUAUUGUCAACUUGAAAGGCAUGUUCAAACAGUUUAAAGAUAUCCGUGCACUUUGGAGAUCCAACUUUACUGAUCUGCUGAUUUGGGUUGUAACCUUUAUCGCUACAAUUUUGCUGAAUCUCGACAUGGGACUGGGGGUUGCUGUGGCCUUCUCACUUCUUACUGUCAUCUUCCGGACCCAGAUGCCCCAAUAUUCCACUUUAGGGCAGGUAUCCACAACAGGUGUUUACAAAGACAUAGCUGAAUACCACAAGGCUGAGGAGAUCCCAGGCGUGAAGAUUUUUCACUCUUCUGCUACAGUCUAUUUUGCUAAUGCUGAACUGUAUGCAGAGGCCCUAAAGAGUAAGUGUGGUAUUGAUGUGGACCGUCUUGUUGAAAAGAAGAAAAAAGCCCUAAAGAAGAAGCAAAAGAAAGACAAGAAAGAAGCCAAGAAGACAAAGAUCAAAACGGUGUGCGACUCUGGGACCAGCAACCUUGGAUUUGUGGAUAUAGAUAUGGAGGCAAGGCCACAGGAACCAGAGGGUGAAGCAACAAUCUCCGGGCCCAAUGGGAGCGUGCAUGAUAGGAGUUCCCAAACCCACAUCCAGCCACAACCUAGCCACAAACCCAGCUUGAAGUCCCUGGGACUGGAGAAACCUCCUCUUCACUCACUCAUACUGGACCUCACUCCUGUCAACUUUGUGGACACUGUCUGUAUAAAGACCUUAAAAAAUAUAUUUAACGAUUUCCAGGAGAUUGAAGUGGAUGUGUUUCUCGUUGGUUGUAAUGUUUCUGUCAUCAUCCAGCUGGAAAGAGGCAACUUCUUCAGCCAGACCAUCACCAAGCAUCACCUUUUUGCAUCUAUACAUGAUGCAGUUAUCUAUAUCACCAGGAACCAGGAAAAGACUUUACCACAGACUGACACAAUGACUGAAUGAAUUGCUGUUUUUAUUAUGCGGGAUACUCCACCAUAUCAAGUGCUUGAAAAACUGGAAGUCUGUGCUAGCUUUUCCUGGAGAGUCUUCUUUGGACCUUGGAGAAACUGAGAAUCUAUCACUGCUGAAGACCUGUGGUUCCACUAGUUGGGGGACACAAGAUCUUCUAGUCUUCCUCUC